GUGAUGGCCUUUUGGGCUCUCAGCUGCUCAGAAAGGGUUGGUGACACUAUGGGGCAGUAACAUCUUGAGCUUUGGCAAGGGCUGACCAGGCAGGAGGGACUCUGGUGGCUCUUCUGUGCAAUGAGAGCAUGGAUGUGCUGCUUGUGGAGAUUGCUCUUUGACACAAGUGUCCUGUCCUCGCUGGUGACAGGAGGUAGGCCUGGGUGGCAUUGCCAGCCUGGUGGACCCAUCUGGCUGGGAUGUGCCUACUGGAGAGGUGGCUCUCUGUGUCUGCCAUGCCAUGCCAUGCCUGGGACUCUUGCUGGAGCUGGACUUGGAGCUGUGCUCUGGAAAGAUGCUGUGUCUCACAGGCAGCUCAGCACACCAGGAAGUCCAAGGGAAAGCCAAAUGGUAAAAAGCCAGCACCGGAAGAGAAGAAGCUUUACCUAGAGCCAGAAUACACAAAAUCCAGAAUUACUGACUUUGAAUUCAAGGAGCUAGUGAUGUUACCACGGGAAAUAGACCUCAAUGAGUGGCUUGCCAGCAACACAACAACUUUCUUUCAUCACAUCAACUUACAGUAUAGUACAAUCUCAGAAUUCUGUACAGGAGAGUCAUGUCAGACCAUGGCAGUGUGCAAUACACAGUACUACUGGUAUGAUGAGCGGGGAAAGAAGAUCAAGUGCACUGCUCCUCAGUACGUUGACUUCGUCAUGAGCUCAGUGCAGAAACUAGUGACAGAUGAGGAUGUCUUUCCAACAAAAUACGGCAAGGAAUUCCCAAACUCCUUUGAGUCCCUAGUGAAGAAGAUCUGCAAGUACCUGUUCCAUGUGCUGGCCCAUAUCUACUCCUCACACUUUAAGGAGACUUUGGCACUGGAGCUGCACGGACAUUUAAACACACUCUACACACACUUUAUCCUAUUCAUCAGGGAGUUCAACCUCGUGGACCCUAAAGAGACCACCAUCAUGGAUGACCUCACGGAGGUCCUCUGCAGCAGCAGCGGGAGCAGCAGUAACGGCAGCGGCAACGGGAGCAGCAACAGCGCAGGAGCACAGAACCACGUGAAAGAGAGAUGAGCCCUCCUCCUGGACCCAAACUAACCUUAUAAACAGUAUAAUCUAUUGUGUGUAUGUGUAUGUAUAUGGUCAGAUAUACAUACGGGCAUAUGCAGGAUGAGAGCUGACCGCAGAGGUGCUGCCACGCAGGACGCGCAGUCGUACGGGGCUGUACGGAGCUUGGGUUCAUGCGCCAGCCGGCGAGAAGUUGCACCAGUUUUAUUUGAUUUCCUGUCCACUCCUCCUUUUACCUAUUCAGAUGGAUGAUGAGUGCUGUUUUUAGAGAAGAGCCAAGCUUGAGAGUGGGGCCACUCUUGGUUGUUUUGGUUGGUUUUUAUUUUUUUGGUUGUUUUUUUUUUCCCCUUUUGUUUGGUUGGUUGGUUUUCUGUUUUUCUUUCUUUGGUCUUGAGUGCAAGCCCUUUGGUCUUUCUAGGAUGGUGGUCCUGCCAUUUAAAAAGUAUCUAUUAUAUUAUAAGAAGUAACUUUUACUUUGAAGUGGCUUAAAUGCAGGUUUGUUUGGGGUUUUUUUUGGGGGGGUGGGGGUGGUUUUUUGGUUUGGUUUUACAUAGACUGCCCCUUACCCUGCCAAAGCUCCCUCACUGAGUGCAUCUUGCCCUUUUGUUAGCUUGGAAUGGGAAGAAACUCCUGGCUUAACUAGAGUAGCAACUAAGGGCUUUCUACAUGUUGAAAGUGGGCAAGAUUCUCCAGUUGUCCCAUCUAGUCGGUCACAAGGUGUGAACGUGCAAGAGGAUCCACAAACCUUUCUGCUUAUUGCUCCUACAACAUAUAUACUCUUUUCUCUGCUCCCCUGCCUCUUCUUUUCCCAGGCACACCUGCACAGGAAACACUGCAGUCCAAAACCAUGUGCAAGAGUCACCACCGUUUGCUUUCCCUUGAGCAGAGGCCGGGGGAGGAGGGGAGAAGGGUAUACCGAGUCAGUCACCGCCUGUGCUAGAAAGAUGGCUGUUGGCAUAAAAUUGUAUUGUUGGCUUAUUUUAGUUCAUCUGUUCUAUAAUAAUAAAAACAAAUCUAUCAGCCACAA